GACAUUUCCAUUUAUUUUGAGAAAAUAGCGGAUUUUAGAAAGAAUUCGAUUAUAGCAAAAUAAAAUAAAUUUAAUCAAUUUUAUAAAAUAAAAUAUAUCCGUACUUUACAAUUAUUAUAUAGUGUUAUAAUUUAUAUAAGGAAAUAAAUACAAGAUGAAACUUAUAAAGCCAAUAUGGAAAAUAGGUAGGAGAAGUGUCAGCACCUGGUCUCCAUUAGCCACAGCCUUCAAUACAAGACCAGUACAUAGACCUAUAUUUGACUCAUUGAGAGAGAGAACUGGUCUCUUCAGCAAACCAGAGCUUACAAGUUUCGAGGGUUUCUACACACUCAAAGAGCAAGCUAUAGCAGCCACAGACAGGCUAAUAGAAGAAGCAACAACAAACCCCACACGGCCCAUGGUGGAGAUAUUCGAUGAGCUCUCCGACACACUGUGUAAAGUGGCAGAUCUAGCUGAGUUUAUCAGGAUAGCGCACCCACAACCACACUUUGCGAGUGCGGCUGAAGAUGCCUGUAUCAGUGUUAGUGGUGUAGUGGAAAAAUUAAACACACACAAAGGAUUAUAUGAAGCAUUAAGAGACUCAGUUAAAAGAGGUACUUCAGGGGACAAGCACUUAGCGGAACUGUUUCUAUUUGACUUUGAACAGAGCGGCAUACAGUUAGAGGAGAAUGCUCGGCGUGAGGUUGUUGCGUUGAAUGAUCUGAUAUUACAGACGGGACAGCAGUUCAUGGCUGGUGCAGCGAAGCCUAGACGAGUGCCGAGAUCGGUUGUGCCACAGAAUGUUAGGCAAUUUUUCACAACAGAGGGCGAAGACGUGAUAGUGAGCGGCGUGUACGCGGAGUGCGGGGAAGCGGCUGCGAGAGAAGCGGCCUACAGAUUAUACCUCGCUCCAGAUAUAAGACAGGAACAGUUGCUAAGCGCUACACUACGGGCGAGGCAUCGGCUCGCCCAGCUGUGCGGUUUUGAUAGUUAUGCUGAUAGAGCUAUAAAAGCCAGCACAAUGGAGAAUUCGCCAAAUGUACGCGAAUUUCUUGAUAUAUUGUCAGAUAAUCUUCAUGAUCGGGCUAACGCUGAUUUUGAGGCAAUGGCGCGAAUGAAGCGGCAGGAAUCUCCGUAUCAGGAAAAAUUAAUGUGCUGGGAUACGCCAUACUUUACUCAUAAAGCAAAAACACAGCUACUCAACGUUGCCAAUUCAGAUUUCAGCCCAUAUUUCUCACUAGGAGGAUGUAUGGAAGGUCUGAAUAUGCUGUGUCAAGAAUUAUAUGGAAUUACUUUAAAAUCAGAAGAAAUGUUGCCAGGUGAAUCUUGGGCACCUGAUGUGUACAAAUUGGCAGUGGUCCACGAAACAGAAGGUCUCUUGGGGCACAUUUACUGUGAUUUGUAUGAGAGAGCAGGAAAACCACACCAAGAUUGCCACUUUACUAUUCAAGGAGGAAAAUUGUUACCUGAUGGAAGUUAUCAGAAUCCAAUAGUAGUGAUAAUGCUAUCGCUGAGUGGGGGUCACCGCGGCGGGCCGGCGCUGCUGAGCGCGGGCGCGGUGGACAACCUGUUCCACGAGGCGGGCCACGCGCUGCACUCCAUGCUGGGCCGCGCGCCGCACCAGCACGUGGCCGGCACGCGCUGCGCCACCGACCUCGCCGAGCUGCCCAGCGUGCUCAGCGAGCACUUCGCCUCCAGCCCGCAGGUGGUCCGUCGCUUCGCGCGGCACUUCCAAACGCGCGAGCCGAUGCCGGAGCACAUGCUGCAGCGGCUCUGCGCCUCCAAGUAUUUGUUCGGCGCUAGCGAGAUGCAGCUGCAGGUGUUCUACUCAGUGCUGGACCAGCUGUACCACGGGCCGGCGGGCGCGGAGGGCAGCACCACGGACGCGCUUAAACACGCGCAGCAACAUUAUUACGGGCUGCCCUAUGUUGAGAAUACGGCGUGGCAGCACCGCUUCAGUCACUUAAUAGGCUACGGCGCGAAGUACUACUCAUAUUUAAUAUCGCGCGCACUCGCGUGGAGCGUGUGGCGACAGAACUUCGAGGCACGUCCGCUCAGCCGCGCGGCCGGCGACCGACUGCGGACCGCGGUGCUGCGGCACGGCGGCGCGGUGGAGCCGCAGAUCCUACUCCGAGAUUACCUGGGCAUGGAAAUCACCCCUCGAGCGAUGGCUUCCGCUCUAAUAGACGAGCUUGACUACCACAAGGAUCAUUUGGACACUUUACUUAAAACCCUAGAGAAAUAAAUUGUUUGAAUGAUAUG